UCGGAAGAUGAAAUGGCACAGCUCCAGAAGUUGUCAGCCGAGUUCCAGCCUGAGGUGACGGGACCUCUUGUUGGCGAGAAACAACUGACCAGUGCUCUCAUCGAAGAGUAUGCUGCUGCCGAUCCAGUCUAUCGCACAAAAACUUCGGCACUUCCUCUCAAGUACUCUCACUAUCGUACUACUCGUGGUGAUGGAAGAUGUGGUUGGAGAGCCGUCGCCUUCGGCUAUUUCGAGAAUCUCUUCCGCGCCGGUGACAGACACAAGUUCUUGGAGGAGGAAACUCGUCUCAAGUCGUUGGGCAAUGUCAUCAACAUGGCUGGCUACAGCCAGUUCAUCUGGGAAGAUUUUGCCGAUGAAAUAUAUGCUCUGUUGCGCAAAUGCAUGUCGGCUUCCUCGGCCAACUCUGAAGCCUUUCUACUUGAGCACUUCAACAAUGAAGAGAUUCAAAAUCAGAUCAUCACAUAUCUGAAGACCCUCACCUCGGCUUGGAUGAAGACUCGUGCCAAAGACUACGCUCCUUUUGUGCUCCCCCACACCGUCGCCAGUUACUGCGAUGCCAACAUCGACCCUCAUCAGAUCGAGAUUGACCACCCUGGAAUGCAAGCUCUGACUGAUGUCUUGCUCAAGCCCGCUGGUAUCGCUCUGGAAAUCAUCUACCUCGAUCGUAGCGCUGGUGUUGAGGUGAACGCGCAUCAGUUUGCGCCCGACCUCACUCAUGCCCACACCAUUCGCCUUCUCUACAGACCUGGUCAUUACGAUAUACUGUAUCAGCCGGAUCAAAUCUUCUCGCAGCCCCCGCCAAGUCAGCCUAUCGCUGUACCCACAUACUUGCAGUCUUCUCUCCACCACUACGAGGAACCUGUCAUGGAUCUUGGCAUGUCCGACUUCAUGACCAUGAUUCCUGGCAUGUCACUGCUGUCCAACCAAUCCAACUGG